UUUAUGGAUAUGUAGUUCGGUUAAUAAUCAUUUUGACACCUAAUUUUUCCACUGGAUUGACUAAAAGGAAUGUUUAUUCUAUAUAGCAAAAGCAAAUUUUCUCGCAAAUAUCAUUCCGUAAGGUCCUCACUUCUCAAGUGCGAAAUAUGGGACCUCUUCCAGCAAGGGUGGAUCUAUGACUUUAGCGACCCGGAUUCUUUUGCUCCCGGCAGACAACUCCAUCUGCAGAAAAUGCCUGAGGGGAAGCAUGCAGAACCACAAAGUGAUGUUGAAGGUUCAAAUACGGAUGAUGCCCCAUCUGAUGACUGCAUCAAGGCUCAAGACAAUUCUAUAGGGCGAAAAAAGUAUAUGCUGUACUUGGAGCCACAGAGCACUUCAGGGCUUUUGCGAGGGCUUAAGCGAUCAACCCUGCAACGGCAACAGCAGUUGGUAGUUCAGGUUCAGUAUUCUCAUUAUGUUUUUUCCUCUAAGUUAAACAAAGUAUCAGCAGGCAACAUUUGGAAAUUCAGUCUGUCCUGGACGCAGCUCUUAACAUCCCAGCUGCCUCAGCUCUCCCAGCUCCCUCGGAUGAUGACGCGGCUCCCUCGGAUGACGACGUGGCUCUCUCAGACAGAGCCCAAAAUAUAAUCAGGCAACAUUUGGGAUUCAUGAGUAUGUGCGUGUAUGUGAGAUCUGAUCAUUAGCGUAAUCAGCGGCCCUUAAAUGUCCAUAUAAGGCUACAUGUUCCGCUAGGUUGGUGGGCAAGUUUCAUUCACAAAAAUGUUACAAAGAGAAAAAACAAGAAUUUCAGAAUUCUAACAAAAGUGAGUGUGCCGCUUGAGCAGCCUGUUAUACACAACAAGAGCAGCAGGAGCAGCAGCACCAACCCCCCUCCACCCGUCAGCCGGGCCGGUCUGUGUAAAAAAGUCCAGGGCUGUUUUUUUGUCCCAGUACAACCCUGUUUAGGAGUGACAGAAAUAAAAAGGCAAUGCUUUGAUGUGAAGUUAGAUACUUAAAACCAUCCAUCUAAAGGAAUGUGCUUGUGAUGAGAGGCGGUCAUGUGACAGUCACAGAGAUAUUAGAGGAGAGAAUAUUACAGUAGGUGUAAUACACUGUCAGCUGGAACACCAGAUGAUGCUGGACAGUGACCUGCAGAGACACUAAGGCAGCUGUUGGAGUGGAAGAAGUUUCAUAGCAUCUACUUAAAUGUAGAAGUUGCUACGCCAAAAUAUGCUAAAAUCUAAAAACCCUUUCUGUAAAUUGGCAGCCAUGAUGGUGAAUCGAAUAAUAAUUUUGAAUGAAUUUGGUUUAUGUAUUUUGUUUGAUUUUGGUAUCAUAUUUAAACUCCAAAUUCAUUCAGAUUAAUGAUAUCUUUAUUUAUAUAGCACACAGCAAUAACAGAAUUAAAGUACUAAAAGAGAGCAGAAUAAAAACUAGAAUCAGGUGAAAUCAGGGAAGGUGGCGCAAUAAAAGUACUUUUUGAGGAUUUAAAAGAAGCCACUGACUCAGCCUCCCUUAUUUCCUUACUGGUUUAUAUAUAAAGACAUUAUAAUUCUAAAUCAAAUAAGUGUUUCUCCCCCUGUGAAGAACAACAGGUCUGGACCACUUGUAAUUUCCGUUUGUACCACAGAGAAAAUUCUAAGUUCAAGAAAACUGAUGAAUAUCGCAAAUUUUUUAAAAUCACUCAUAGGAUUUCACACGGAGGGAAGUAUAUUAUUCUUAAAAGUUAAAGUCAUGGGUCAUGGGUCAGCAAGGUGUUUUGUUUGGAUUCUUGCGCCCUCUACUGCAGAGGCAGAGAAAGACAUAAACAAAAAAAGAAGACACUAUCAACAGGAGGGACGGGAGUGCGUUAAGUUGUAAAGAAAAGCAAAAUUCACCAUUUUCAGUGCAUGCUAGCUGUCUUAGUGAAACUUGGUCCUUUGUAGAAUUCCCCUAGGUGGUAGUUUAGGCACAGAAAGCUACAUGCCCGUCUUCCAGUCCUGUCUGACUCAGCACAGAGUUCAGUGUAAUGAGAGGCUAAGGGCUCACCCAGCUAAGCUAGGUGCUUGAUAGUGAAGCCCACGUCGUUUCAAGCACAGCACUUAUGGAAGCAGAGAUGCUGCAUUUUGAAAACGAGAGUAAGGGCACACAAAGUCAGCACUGAGGCACCAUGGAGCCAACACGGUAGGAGUGUUCCCUGCCACCAGUGGUUAAGCAGCGUUGGGUCCCUAUUGAUGCUUCACGUCUGGCUGACAGGUGUAAACUCCUCUAUCCGAGUCAAAAAGGACAAUAAGAAACACUUGAAACUGCAAGUGGAGGAAAAGGGACAUUGAAUUCAUGGUUAAAGGGAACAACUGCGAUUACAUAGAAGAAUAUUUGUUUCUGUAUUGAUUAGACCUGAUUCUGGGACUGUGUUCUUAAGAGAAAAUACUGAAACUGUGUUAUUUACAGAGAAUAUUUCCAGUUUUCGAGUGGUAAUUACUUGUGUUUAAUAGGGGUGAACAUUUAAUUUAUUUGGGAAUAUUUUAUGUCUCUUGAGGAAAAGGUGUUUUAUGUUUAUUUAGGACAUGUCUUUUAUGUUUUGUCUGGUUAAACACAAGAGUAUUGUUCAUUGAGGAGUGGUAAGGGUAAUUUCUGGUGAAAGUAGAAACUCUAGUUUUAUUCCUGAGUAGACAUAUUUAAGAAUUGUUCCAAUAUAGGGUGUUAUUUCUGCCAUGGUGUCAUCACAUACCAAGGUUGAAGCUGUGAUACAUUGUUGAAGGGUAGAGUUCAGGGUAACAAGUGAAGGAGGGAGAGAAUUGAGAUAUUGGGGUAGUUGCUCAAGACUCAACAAAAAACACACUAUUAUACUUAAUUUGAGUCUUGGAUAGUUAUUUGGGGAACCUUACGUAGCCUCAUGGUUACAUUAAGAACAAAUCUGUUUGUAUGAGUGGUUCUUGCAUUAGGCCCAUUAUCUUUUGGAAGACUUGUGUUCAUUCCUUAAUUAGUUUAAAGACUUGGAGAAUCUAUGACGAGGCACUGAUGUUGUUGGCUUGUAUUGGAUCAACUUACUGAGACACUUGAUUUUCCUGUGUUGGUGUAGACUAUACAUUGUUCAGGUGGUUGAGAUCCAUUUUGAAGCCAGACUUGUCAUUGAGAGCACUUAACUGUGCCACUGUAUAAUAAAUGGCAGUGACUACA